UGAGAAUUGAUUGGGGUCACAAGCUACGCUGAUACCUGCCCUAUAGUGUUGUCCUCAUCUCUGCUCCGGCUGGUGUGUGGACAAAAGGUGGCCCAAAAUGCCGGCCCAGUCCACCAGGUCUCACCCCUUGAUGGAAGCAGGAUACAAGCUGUUCAUGAGGAGAAACAGCGUGUACAUCGCCUUCAUUCUUGGUGGGGCGAUAUUGGGGGAGCGGGUGCUGAAUGCAGGAUUCGACACAUUGUGGACGCAGAACAACAAAGGGAAGCUGUACAAGGAUCUAGAGGGGACAGUCAUUGGAGCAGGCGGCGGAGGCGAAGACGAGGAGUGAGCUUGUGCUAGCGUUGUCAUGGGAUGACAUCUACUGCAGACUGCUUGGCUGGAAGCACUGAAGCUCAAUGCCAGCUGACUGCCAGGUCGUGAUAUGGAGAGAGAAAGUGAUGCUGCAUGGACAGAAGCCGCCAGAUCUGCCAGAUCUACAUGAGUAAGACUAGGCAGAUAUUGUCUCGCUGCUAAAUCUGCAGAUUUGACCUAGAGCAGCUGAUGCAGCACACCCUUCCCUUCAUCAGCUAUGGGCCAGAAUCGUGCAUAAAGAGGUUUUGUAGAAUCCAUCUUGUUAAAGCGAACUAAAGCAAGGGCAAAAUCUACAGGCAGAACAGUUUCGCAGUAUGCUCUGCCCUGCCUAUCCUUUGCAAAAUCUGCGAUUGACUGACAUUAUUCCCCAAGACUGAACAGACAGGGCAGCUAAUAGUGACAUGCGCAAAACACCACACAGCAAAUAGUAUUAUCUAGC